CCCAGCACUGAACUAAUCAAUAUUAAUAGCGAUGGGAGCGGGGGGUGGGGAGGAGAGGAGGGAUUAACGUGACCUUUUUAAACUCACACUGCCUCAGACGGGCACCAAGCAGCUGAGGAGAAAGCAGCCAGACGGACCCAUCAUGUCCGACAAACCAGAUUUUGCAGAAAUUGAAACAUUUGACAAGACCAAGCUGAAGAAGACAGAAACCAGAGAGAAAAAUCCAUUGCCCACUAAAGAAACUAUCGAACAAGAAAAGCAAAGUGAAAGCGCAUCCUGAGCAUCAAAUGGAUGAUGCGACUGCUGCUUCUUCAGUGGGGUUUCUGAGCUGAGCUGUUUUGUUUUGUCCCCCCUCCCCUCCACCCCCCUCCAUGCUUGUUGUCCAUUUCAUUUAGCAAACACUCACUCCUUUCAUGUUCCCUGCAAAGUCUGUUUUGUAUUUGUUGGACAAGAUACUUUGUGUUUGUGUUCUUAAAACCGUAAUUCAAAGUUCUGUACCACCCCCGUUACUUGCCAAAAAAAUAUCUGCAUAAAAAAUGUUUUCCUAAACCUCACAAUAAACAGGUUUCUUCUGACCA